AUGGACAUCAGUUCGCUUCUUUCGCCGGACUCGAAUCCGAAAGCCGGUAAUUCGACGCCCGUGCCUCAUCCUACGUCAAACGCACCGGCCACCUCAGGGCCAUCCCCCCACAAAGCUCUUCAAAGAACUCGGUCCGGCUCUAGAAGAAAAGGAAAGACAUCAUCACCUCUUGCACAGCAAAUCUACGCCCCUGCCGGUGAACCAUCUCCAGGGCCUGGGGGAAACGGGUCUUCCCCAACUGAAGGUCCGUCGAGACAGCCUGCCACCCCCGGGAUGGAUACUUUGGCGGAUUUAGCUUCCAUGCAGCACCAUCAGCCGCAACGCCCAAACCCGACCACUAUGAUUCGGAACACCGAGUCCUACGAGCACCAACUCUCCCCUUCAACCAUCCACCCUCAUGUCAAUUCCGUCAACCACAACACUCCUACCUCGCUCGUCCCCUACGGGAUCGCCAUGUCUGAUGGACGCGAUCCGUCCCAAAGAACCUACGCCGCGACAUCGCUCGACCCCGACGCGCAGACAAUGGCGACUGACCUUUUCCGUCGAAUUUCUCAAAAUCCCCACACACAUGACGCGCACGUUCAAUUUAUCGGAUUGCUGCAUGCUGGGUUCGUCAACCACGUGUACCCGCCCAACAAUCCAGAUGUGCACGGUGACCCACGACGUUACGACUUGCUCAACGACUUGAAGACAGCUCGUGAGGAGAUGGAUAAGCUCUUCGCCAUGGGUGAAGAUCUUUGGGCCGAGUGGAUCCAGGAUGAGAGCAUGCUCGCUCAGGAUGUGGAUGAGCGCAUUGGUGUCAUGGAGCUUUGUCGGCGGUCAGUUGAUGAAGAGUUCGGUAGCACGAAGCUAUGGAAUAUCUACGGUGAAUGGGUUCUAUAUCUGUACAACUCCGCCCACGGUGAAACUGGCAUUCAAUGGACAGAAGAGGAUCGCAUUAUUGGCCGCGAAGUGUUCACCUGGGAGUCGGUCUUGGAAGUGUGGCAGCGUGGGGCUGAUGCCACCAAGUGGAGGAUCAACAACAGCCACCUGGUCUGGGAUCGCCUUCUCGAUCUCUAUGCCCAGGAUAUUGCGCGCGGUCCAUCUCAAGAGAAGAUAAAUCAUCUCCGCGGGCUCUACGACGUUCGCCUACAAACACCCCAUGCCACCUGGGACGAGACUUUCCAAAAGUUCUCUGGCUUCAUCUCUACCUAUUGCAACAGCAAGUACGAAGACAUCAUGGCUGAGACUGUCGCUCGCGCCGCCGAACCAAAGGCGCUCUACAGUGCACGGGAAGAAUUUGAACACCGCUUGGCGAAGGCGCAAGAAUCUGGUGACCGUACCCUUGAGUGGACUGUUUACUCCGAGUACAUCGAGUGGGAGUUGACUCGAAACCGCCGCAAGCGAGGGGAAUUCAGCUUUGAUUUAGUCAACGCCAUCUACCAGCGCGCCGUUCUCCAAUUCCCCACCGAUGUGUCACUUUGGGAAGACUACGUUAUGUUCCUGAUCAGUGAAUCACUACAUCGCCAUGCUUCUACAACGACCAUAUCCACACUGGACCGUGCCACUCGUCACUGCCCAUGGUCUGGGAACCUUUGGUCCCAAUACUUGCUCAGCUCGGAAAGAGAAAACCAGUCAUUCAACAAGAUCUCCAAUAUCAAGCACAAGGCGACUAGCACGGGACUUCUCGAUGCCGGUGGGCUAGAGGAAGUUCUCAAAGUACACGUGACCUGGUGCAGUUACCUUCGCCGGCGUGCGUUCUUGUCUGACUCGACUGACGAGGACAUUGAUGUCGCUGAAGUCGGUAUCCGUUCCGCGAUUGAGAGCGUGCAAGAACUGGGCGAAAAGAAAUACGGACCGGCCUACCAGGGCGACCCUAUGUUCCGCCUCGAGCGAAUUUACAUUCGAUUCCUUAGCGAAAGCGGCAGCUGGGACAGCGCCCGGGAAACUUUCAGGGGGCUUGUGGCCCGCCGUGGUGGUAGCUAUGAAUUCUGGCUAGCCCACUAUGGAUGGGAAUUGAUCUGCUGGAGCAAGUUUGUACAGGGCGAGGCAACUGUCGAUGCGGCCCGCCGCACCCCGAACCCGAGUUAUGCCACUGCUGUGCUAAAGCAGGCGAUCAAAAGAACCGACUUGGACUGGCCUGAUAAGAUCUUCCAAACGUACAUCACUCAUUGUGAAGACUAUGAGGACUCUGAUGAGCUCCAGCUCGCAGUGAUCGAGACUCGCAAAGCUAUGAGAGCGGUAAACGCUCGGAGAGAAAGGGAGGCACGAGAGGCCGCAGCAGCACAGCAGCAGCAACAACAGCAGUGGGAGGCUGCUAUGGAAACAGCUACCUCGCCGGAGAAGAGAAAGCGUGAGGACGAGGACGCAAUGCCAGAGCCUAAAAAGGCCCGCAGCGACGAGUUGCCAGUGCCAUCCACAGAAGCGGCUGAAACAGCCGUGGAAUCUAACCUCUCCCGGGAUCGGGAGAACGCGACUGUCAUGGUCAAGAAAUUGCCCAAGGGUACCACUGAGCACGCUAUUCGGCAGUUCUUCCGCCACAGUGGCACUAUCAAUCGUGUCAGGUUGCUGCACAGGGAAGAAAAACAGACAGAGGAAGCUAUCAUCGAGUUCGAGACUAAAGAUGAGGCUCUGGCUGCUUUGACCCGUGACCAAAAGCAAUUCGACUCAAAUGUCAUUGACGUGGCGAUUGGUGCAGGAACGACAUUGUGGAUCACGAAUCUUCCACCAACUGCGGAUGAGAAAUAUUUCCGCGAGCUCUUCGGAAAGUAUGGCGAAGUUAUCGAUGUUCGCUUCCCUUCUCUCAAGUAUGACAAGGACAGACGUUUCUGCUAUGUCGACUUUUCAACCCCGAGUGCAGCUCUUCAUGCGACAGAGCUGAACGGAAUGCGUUACGACAAGGAUCAAAAGCUUUCUGUCAAAAUCUCCAACCCUGCACAAAAAACUGACCGCACCGGUCCAAGAUACGAAGGCCGAGAAAUUUACCUAGUCAACAUUGAUUGGAGUGCUGACGAAAAUUAUCUCCGAGAGGUUUUCUCCCGGUUCGGAGAAAUUGAAAAGGUCAACCUUCCUCGCAAGAUUGAUAACACCAGCAAAGGAUUUGGAUUCAUCACUUUCAAAAACAAGGAAGAUGCCAACCAGGCUCUCGUAAUGAACGACGAAAUGAUCAAAUCCCGCCGUGUUCGCGUUGAGAUUGCUACCCCUGGUGGUCACAAGCGGGUCUCUGCCACCACCAUCUCCAGAGUCGCCGGACGGGGACAAUCAGCGGAAGCCAACGGGACCACUGACUUGGAAGUGCCAGUCGGUGAGGUUGCCGAGCGCACAAUUGCCUUGAUGAAUGUUCCCGACACCGUCAACGAAGCCCGCAUUCGUGCCCUUGUGGAGCCAUUCGGACGCCUGGUCCGAAUUUCCUUACGCCCUGACCACCAAGGUGCCGUUGUGGAAUUCGUCGAUGUUCAUGACGCUGGCAAGGCCAUGAUGGCGCUCGAAGGGAAGGAAAUCGCUCCUGGGCGCCCACUUCACCUUGGUACCGUCCCAGAAAUGAAGCAACAACGCGCGGAGUGGAGGUCCGACCGUGUCACAUCCAUGAAGCGGGAAGACAACUCCAAGAAGAAGGUUAGCCUUCAACCUACUGCCCCGAUUAAACGACCUCAGCAACCCGGUCGGAAGGGUGGCCUCGGAAUGAAACGACAUGUCCCCGCCCACGGACAGAAACCAGCUGACCAAAUGGACACCACGGCCGACGGCGAGAAGCCCAAAAAGAGCAACGACGACUUCCGCGCCAUGCUACAGAAGUGA